ACCUAAUAUCUUAACAAUGAUUUAAAUUUUCCAUUAGCUUCGAAUUUUUCGCGCAUAAUACGACCGAGUGCGUUCUCGUUGAUUGGUUCGCUGGCAGACGGCACUACUUUCAACGGCGUUCCGUGAUUGGUCGUAGUAAGCGCGCCCCUGUCAGCUGUGCACCGCACUCGUCCGUUGUCCGUCGUAGACGCGGAUUCGUGCAAAUGGCGUCACUGCCAGUAUGAGCGAGCGUAUGCUGUCUAAUAACGCGUACGGGCCUCGUCCGGGCGCGGCGCCGUGCGGCCCAGCCUGACGGCGAGCGUAAGUGCGACGAUAUUGGCCAAGUUCGAGGAAGUAAAUCAUACAAGGGGAUCGUUAAAUUUUACUCUUCAAGUUGCAACGGUGUGUACGUAUCAACGACAAGUGGUGACACGCAGUGAGAAAGAGAGAGUGCCGCCAAAGAGGGAUGCAGGCCGAACUGAUGUACAGGAAACCGUUAACGAUGACGACCCCCGGACAGAGUUUUCAUCGUCCUGCGGCGGUGAAGAAGGAGACCGGUGGAAGGGACUCCAGGGAGUCGAUACACUCUGGACACUUCAUGGUCUCCGACUUCGAGGCGGAGGCCCAGGACGACGAAGACGAGCUGGCCGUACCCGUUCCCGAAGAAGAGGCCGUCAAGCUGGCGAUCAUUGCUCCGCCGGGUCUGUUGCACCAGAGAUUCACCAGCAGCUCCAGCAACGAGAAAACUCCUCAGCAGCUCAGCAUCGAGACGUCCUUGAACAAGGUGUUCCAGUGCAUGUCCCUCGCCUACAGACAGAAAUUGACAUCGCCCAAGUGGAAUCGGUUCAAAGGGAUCAGACUGAGAUGGAAGGACAAGAUCAGACUGAACAACGUGAUUUGGAGGUGCUGGCACAUGCAAUUUAUACUGAGGCAGAACACGUUGGUGUGCCAGUUCGCAUCCCCGUUGGAUGUUGAUACUCAUAAUAAACCCGAGGCGGUGGUCUUAGAGGGCAAAUACUGGAAGCGUAAACUUGCUGCUGUUACUGCGGAAUACAAGAAAUGGCGGAUGUUCUACCGAAACAAAAUCCUUGGUUGGACGAACAAGGAUGGCACCGAGAUGAUGGAAUCGAUGGACAUGUUAGAUUGGGGCAGCGGAUUGGGAACCUCAGGAAACUUCGGACCGGGUGCAGGCAACACACACGGAGGGACCAGUGGGACUCCAGGAGAAGAGAGUAUGAUGGUUGAUGAGGAUUACAUGGAGCUGAUGACUGAUACGUUAUUCUCAACAAUCAGUUCGAAUCAACCAAUAUACUUCCCCGAUCCGAGAGAAAUUGCUCGCGGAGCUAGUCUGGCGGAUUUUAUACAACCCAGCCUGGGACCGCUUCAGCCGAAUUUGGACGACUUUAUGGACACUCUUGAACCGCUCCAAGAAUUUUUAAAUUCGAAGUUGCCUCCCGUGCCCGAAGAGGACGACAUGUUUCGAAACAGCACGUUUAACUCAAACUACUCGGAUCUCGAUCUGAUGACGCCCAUGACUCAGGUAAACGAGAUGGGCCCGGAUGCGGCUGUAAAGAAUACACCAACCACGCAACAGGCGACCCUGCCGCAGGACGACCAACCAAACGUUAUUCAGAAUCUUCAAUACACUGCUAAAAUAUAUACUCAACCGGAACCAACGAACACAUUUAGAAAUAGCAUUACGCUGGGCGAGAACUAUAGUCCCAUGCAUCAACCCUACGAGCCGUCGUCGACGAAUCAGACCGUCAGGGAGAAGAGUAGGUCGAGCAGGAACUCUGCGAGGAACAAUCGUAUGAUCCAGCAGCCACAGCAACAGCAACAAUCGCCGCAGAACGCGUAUCAACGUACCACGCAACCGCAAAAUUCCGCGUACCAACAGGCUAACCAGCAAUCUUUCCCCAUGGAGAUUCAGAAUGUUCAAAUGACGGCAGUACAGAAUCAAGUGCAGAUACCAGCGUUGAACGAACAGUCCGUUCACGCCGGUCAGAUCUCGCCAAUUGCUGCUGGACAUGUCGAGAGUCUGGUGACCGUACAGCAAAGCUUCCCCCAGACGAACUCCACGGUGUCCACGCAGCACAGAGCCAUCAGACCCCUGCCACCGGUCGCUCCUAUGUCCACGAAGCCGUACAAGGUCGUUCAACCUCAGCAGUGCUACAAAUUCUCCGCUCUUCCGCAAACCUUUAAUACGCAGCAAUGCAAAUUCAACGCCAACAAUUUCAAGACACACCCACACCCGCAGCAACUCGUCGCGGUUUCUGUAGAGCAGCCGUCGCAGUCGCCGAUACAAUUCAAGUGUCGCAAGCAGCCCGCCAAAUUGCUACCGCAGCCCACCGCCUCGAACUCGGAGAAGGAGGAGAUCUUCGCUGUACCUAAGUAUCAAAUGAAACCGAGGAACAGAUCUCGAAGUAGCUCCUCGCUAACCACACCGAGAAUGCAUCCGCCGCCAUUAGUGUCUGCAACGAGCGAUCCUGCUCUAAAUCUAAAUAACAAUGUUUUGCUCGCGCAGUUACUCACGAAUAACACGUCUGGUGUGUACACAAUGAAUAGUCCGGCUGAUAAUAUAAUGUCGGCAAUGAACCAAACAGCCACCACUAUGAAACACAUCUUACCCAUGCUUCCACCUUCAGCUUCGCCUACGCAGGUGACGACCACACACCAUAUUACCACGCCGGUCACUGUCCAAACGAUGCAAACUUCUACGGUACAAGCGCAACCACAACCGCAGGCAAUGCAACAGUCUUCUUGCAGCCAACAAAUGUUAUUAAAUACAAACAACCAAGCACACCAGCCACAAAAUAGCCCCGGUUCACCGAAGGACAAUUCCAACGCGCACAGCCCCCAAGCGUUGAGUCUCAGCCCUUUACACAGUCCGAUGAGUAUAGGAAGCCCGUUGUCGCCAACUCGUGUCUUCGUAAAAGGCGAGCCGGAACGGGGGCAGUACAAGGAACAGAGAAGAGUCGGGCAUAUUCACGCUGAACAAAAGCGCAGAUAUAAUAUUAAGAACGGAUUCGACAUGCUGCACAGCCUGAUACCGCAACUCAGCCAGAAUCCAAACCCGAAACUGAGUAAAGCCGCCAUGCUGCAAAAGGGGGCGGAUUAUAUCAGACAGCUGAGGUCGGAAAGGAAUCAAUUGAAGGAAGAAAUGGAUAGUUUAAGACAUCAAAUCGAGUGCCUUAAUACGUCGAUUAGUAACUGUCAAUCUAUGCUUCCCGCAACGGGUGCUCCGAUUUCUAGACAGAGGACUAGCAAAAUGAAGGAGAUGUUCGACGAGUAUGUGCGCACGCGUACGCGAGAGAAUUGGAAAUUUUGGAUUUUCAGUAUAUUGCUUGAGCCUCUGAUGACUUCUUUCAAUACUUCGGUAUCAACAGCAAGUAUCGAGGAUUUAUACAGAAGUACAAUAUUAUGGGUCGAGCAGCAUUGCUCACUCGUCGAUCUCAGACCAGCCGUUCUGAACUCCCUAAGGUAUCUGUGCACUGCCACUGAUAUUCUAUCAGAUCCUGGUCGCCUACCCGAAGAAGCACUCGCAGCAGUAAAUCGCACGGAACGGCGACGAUCAACUCAGUGACCAAUUAUGUUACGCAAAUUCGUCGUGAUACGUAUUUGCGUACACGUUUAAGAUUUAGUCGCGUACGAGCAGGAAAAGAAACAGUUACCGUAGCUUAAGUCACUUUAGGAAAAACUUACGUGAAAAGAAUUCUUAAAACGGUCUUUUUUAAAAGUAGGCUUUCAGGUUUCCUUCCGCAACGAUCAUAGUUGAGGAAAACACUUAAGUGCAAUUUUCCCCGUGCCCUUGUCAAAAUUGUGAUCACGAGAUUUGUAAAACCAUACAAAAGAAGUGCGGGAAAAUGUAAAUGAAUAGAAUUGUGAACGAUGUUUAAUGAACUAUAAUAUAUAUAUAAAUAUAUAUAUAUAUAUUU